GGCAGGAGACACCCUCUAUUGUGCAUUUGUACGUUAAACAAUACUAAAUGACUGCGGGAGCGCCCCGUCCCGCCGGGCAGCGGCAGCGGCCGCGCCCCGCCCGCCCUGCGCUGCGCCGGAACCGGCUGUCGGGGCCGGGUUGUCACCGGCAAUAGGUUCCCCCAUCGCGGGGGUGUGGGCCGAGGGUCCCGGCGCCGGCGGGGAUGCGGGAGGCGGGCGCGGAGCUGGCGGAGCGGGAGCGGCAGGAGCGGCUGCGGGAGGCGGCGGCGCUGGGGGACGCGGAGGAGGUGCGGCGGCUCGUGGAGCUGGGGGUCGGCCUCAACUCCCAGAACGAAGUCAACGGAUGGACAUGUUUGCACUGGGCCUGUAAGCGGAACCACGCGGCCGUGGUGGCUUAUCUGCUGCACGCAGGAGCAGACAAGGACAUCCUGACCAAGAAAGGAGAGAGGCCAGCCCAGUUAACAUCCAAGAGAGAGAUCAAGGAGAUGCUGGGAGUGGAAGACGAUGAACUCCCGGACCUAAAGCAAGAUUCAGACCUGCCAAUCAUCCCCAAUUACCUGGCUAACCCACCUUUCCCUUAUGUUUAUAACACCACGGGUAGCAGCAUUCCAGAUCCCACUGUGAACGGGAAUGUCUCCCAUUCUGAGCCGCACGAUGCCGACUCUCCGUCCGUGCCUGACGCGGAGCUUUACAGACGUGCGCCGUCACAGCACGGGAACGCUGCUCCCGAGGGGGCUCCCAAUGGGGACAUGCCACCCCUGCCCCGAGGGCCUGCUGGGCCACCACGCUCACAUCCUGUCCUCCAGAGAACUCCUGUUUACCAGGGGCCGUUGUCGUGGAGCAGAGGCCCCCCUUCGCCGGCAGGAUCCAACCAGUCCGUACCCCAGCAAGAGAACGGCUCCUGCGUGGGGCCUGUGCCAGCCUUCCAGCCUGUGUUCUUCACAGGAGCUUUUCCACUCAAUAUGCAAGAACUGGUGCUUAAAGUUAGAAUACAAAACCCUAAUCUUAGAGAAAAUGACUUCAUUGAAAUUGAACUGGACAGACAAGAACUGACCUACAAGGAACUGCUCCGAGUGAGUUGCCAUGAGCUGGGUGUGAACCCCGAGCACGUACAGAAGAUCAGAAAAUUACCAAAUACAAUGUUGAGAAAGGACAAAGAUGUUGCAAGGCUACAGGAUUUCCAAGAAUUGGAGCUUGUUCUAACAGUAAGCGACAAAAACUUACUUUUCAGAGUCCCAACACUUUCUGAACGAAGUGGUUAUAACAAGAAGGCAUCAGAACUGACAUACUAAUUGUUCAAGGAAUAAAACAAAAUAUUUGUAUCUCUCAUUUUAAAAUUAAGUUUGAAAUACAAUAUCUAUAAGGGCUAAUGAUGUGAAAAAAAUCUAUUUUGUUAACCUGGAAAUAAAUUAAAGUGGUUAUGCACAGUUACAGCUUCUAGUUAAUCUAAGAGCAGUGAGUCUGAUAUGAAAGUAGCUCAAUGCAAAGGAAGUAUUGGCAGAACUAUCUGUUAAUGCGACACUUUUCCUUACAAAAAGAUAAUCUUCAAACACUGCAGAGUUAGCAGCUCUCAGGGAAAGGCUUACCUUAAGCUGUUCUAAUAAUUUGAUUGCUAUAAAAUAGCAGAGGUACUCAAGCUAAAGAACCUGCCACGAAGCCCAUUUAGUGUUUGUACUGAGUCCAUUACCAUUAAUGUUCCCUUUUUAGAUUGUGUAUAUUAAGUCAUAUCUUACUUAGAAGGAAAAAACCAGAAGGGUUUCAAUGUGUGGAAGAAGCACAAAACUAUGUCUCGUUUGAAUACUAUCAAGUGACUUAUUACCUGUGAUUUCUUAAUCCCUGUUUACACUUUUCCCCAUUUCUCAGGUUAAAAAUAAAAGUGAUAGUAAUUAUCCAAAUAAUAAAUAUGCUCUCAACCAAAAUCCCUUUUAUUGUUGUCUGUCAGUAUAUAGCAUUGACAUGUGCAAUUUAAAAUCCUAUUCUUCUUACUGUAUUGACAUUUCUCCAAUGCUGCUUUAAUUUCCCCUUUUAAAAGCACAAAAUUGUAAUUUUAUUUUCCUUUUGCCUCUGCAUUCCUGAGAAAGAUUGCAUCUUGAACCUAUAAAGUUGCCUGUGUGAAAAGAAACUAGUGAAGUGCCCAGUGAUUUCUGGGCUGAUAUGAAAUCUUCCUGUGUUCCUAUGCAAUGUAUUUUAUUUUUUUUCCCUAUGACUUGUGUUUACCCAUGUUGUUUACUGAAAAAAAAAAAAACAAACAAAACCACAGUUACUUAAAAUUCAGAAUUUGACUAAUUUGCUGUGACAUUCUGGAAUAAAGAAAUUGAAAAGUA